AUGUAUGGCAGCAACAUCACUAUGAUCACUCAGAUCUUACUCUUGGGAUUUCAAAAUCAGCAUAGCGUGAAUGUUCUGAUUUUCUUCAUUCUUCUUGCUGUAUACUGUUUGACAGUAUGUGGGAACUUUCUGAUAAUCACUCUGGUGUCCUUGAGCAAAAAUCUUCACUCUCCUAUGUACCUCUUUUUGUCCCAACUCUCUGUGACUGACAUCAUGUUGACCACAAACAUUUCACCUAACAUGCUGUAUAUCAUUAUCAAUGGAGGUGCAGCAAUGUCCUUUGAAGGCUGCAUCACACAGUUUUAUUUUUUUAGCGUCAUUGAUUGCUCAGAGUGUCUUCUUCUCACCAUUAUGUCCUAUGAUCGAUAUUUAGCAAUUUGCAGCCCAUUAAAGUACUCUUCCAUCAUGAACUAUAUGCGUUGUCUGAAGUUGAUAGUAAUGUCUUGGCUCGCUAGUUUUUCAGUAAUCUUGAUCCACAUAAUAACAAUAUGUAAGAUGGAAUUCUGCGGACCGAAUGUCAUUGACCAUUUUUUCUGCGAUUUUACUCCUCUGUUAGACCUCAUCUGUUCCGAUACCUCCUUAGUUCGAACAGAAGGGACUUUAUUGGGUAUUCCUAUUCUUAUUAUACCAUUCAUCAUUGUCAUAGUUUCCUAUGUUUGUAUUGUCCAUGCAAUCUUAAAGAUUCAGUCCAACACAGGUAGACAGAAAGCUUUUUCCACAUGUAGUUCCCACUUGUGUGUGGUUUCCAUAUUUUACGGGACACUCUUCUGCAUGUAUGUCCUUCCGAAUGAAGGGCAGUCUCUGACAGCAAGCAAAAUUCUUUCCCUUUUGUACACAGUGGUGACUCCAUUACUUAAUCCAAUCAUAUAUUCUUUAAGAAAUAACGAUAUCAAGAAAGCAAUGGGGAAAUUAUUGGACAUAAGAAAAGUAACAUAUAAAUGA